UUAUGUACACACGUGGAGCACGAGAGGAAAAAAAAAAAAUUGAUCCGAACAGAACAGUGAGACAGGAAUGGUCUUGUGUUGACUGUUUUAAGAAAGGAGAAGAUCUAAAACUCUGAUGACUCUAUCAUCCAUGUUUUUUGCAUACAUAGAUAUGUGAAUUAAGUUGAACAUCAACUUUCUUUUCUGCUUAACUAAAUCAUAUUUGUCUUGUAGCUUCAGUCAAAGGAAUUUCAUUCUUUCAAAGAUGGAGAAGAAUGAAAUAGAGCUUUCUUCACCUCCUCAUACCAAAAUGGAUUCCCAGCAAAAAGACACCGUCAUUUCACAACCUCAAUUACAUAACAAGGGUGGCUUCAUUACCAUGCCUUUUAUUAUAGCAAAUGAAUCACUUGCUAGAGUUGCAACAUUAGGAUUAUUGCCAAACAUGAUACUUUAUUUGAUGGGGAGUUAUAAUCUUCAUUUAUCCAAAGCUAAUCAUAUACUCCUUUUAUCUGUUGCAACCACCAAUUUCAUGCCUCUUAUUGGUGCUUUCGUUGCUGAUUCUCAUCUUGGUCGGUUUCUUGCUGUUGGUUUAGGUUCUAUCAUCACUUUCAUUGGAAUGAUACUCUUGUGGCUAACAGCCAUGAUCCCACAAGCAAGACCUCCUCCUUGUAUUCCUGCAACUGAAAAAUGCAUAUCUGCAACAACUGCGCAAAUGGCAAUGCUGAUUUCUUCCCUUGCUCUUAUGUCCAUUGGAAAUGGUGGCCUUCAAUGCUCCAUAGCGUUUGGCGCGGACCAGGUGAAUAGAAAAGACAAUCCUGAUAACCAAAGGGCCUUGGAAAUAUUCUUCAGUUGGUACUAUGCUUCCUCGGCUAUUUCUGUCAUAAUUGCAUUCACAGGAAUAGUAUAUAUCCAAGAUCAUCUUGGAUGGAAACUUGGUUUUGGUGUUCCAGCAGCACUUAUGUUCUUUUCCACUUUCUUCUUUUUUCUUGCUUCUCCACUUUAUGUAAAGAAUAAAACAAAUAGCACCUUGUUUACCGGCUUUGUACGAGUGACCGUUGCGGCUUAUAAGAACAGGAAAAUUCGACUACCCCCCAAGAACUCGGCUGGAAUGUAUCAUCAUAUGAAGGAUUCUGAACUUACUGUUCCAACUGAUAAAAUAAGGUUUCUGAAUAAAGCUUGCUUCAUUAGAAGUCCAGAAAAAGACUUAACCUCUGAUGGAUCAGCUUCAGAUCCUUGGAGUCUAUGCACAAUUGAUCAAGUAGAAGAAUUAAAAGCUAUUAUUAAAGUUAUUCCAUUGUGGUCUACAAGUAUCUUGAUGUCACUUAACAUUGGAGGCUCAUUUGGAUUACUGCAAGCGAAAUCGCUGAACAGACACAUCACCCGAAACUUCGAAGUUCCAGCCGGUUCACUUAGUGUAAUCAUGAUAUUUACAAUAUUUAUAUGGAUAGCACUUUAUGACCGUGUCGUUAUUCCUCUAGCCUCGAAGCUCAGAGGAAAACCGGUUAGGAUUAGUGCCAAGACAAGAAUGGGACUCGGAUUGUUUUUCUCUUUUCUCCACUUGGUAACCGCAUCAAUUGUCGAGACUAUAAGGCGAAGAAGAGCAAUCAAUGAAGGAUAUGGUAAUGAUCCUCAUUCAGUGUUGAACAUGUCUGCAAUGUGGCUUUUUCCUCAACUUUGCUUGGGUGGAAUAGCUGAAGCAUUCAAUGUUAUAGGCCAAAAUGAGUUCUACUACACCGAAUUUCCCAAGACUAUGUCAAGCAUUGCUUCAUCACUUUUCGGACUAGGAAUGGCCGUAGGAUACGUGAUAUCUUCUUUUUUAUUCAGCAUUGUCGAAAGGGUUACCUCAAGUGGUGGAAAAGAUGGAUGGAUUUCGGAUAAUAUUAACAAGGGUCGUUUCGACAAGUACUAUUGGCUUAUUGCCACAGUGAGUGGUGUUAAUAUACUGUAUUAUGUAGUAUGUAGUUGGGCUUAUGGACCUACUGCUGAUGUAGAAUCAAAAGUAAGUGCAGAUGAGGAAGAAUUACCAUUAAUUGACUUCAGAAAUGAGGGCUCAUAUGACAAGGAUAACUGAUACCUUACAGUGAAGAAAUCUUCAGAACACUGACAAAGAAUAACUUACUGUAACUGAUACCUUACAUUGAAGUAAGUUUUGUAGCUUGCAAUUUGCAAUGAAUGAGAGUUGUAGAUCCUAUAGCACACUUUUGAUACUUAA